AUGAGCGAAUACAGCGAGCACCGCGGGGACUACCCGCUGUCGCCACCCCAGCCAGCCUAUGCGCGAUCUAACGAUCUCGACGUCGUCCACGAGGGCAUGCCUACACAAAGGGUCUCUGUCUCCCGUUACAGCCAUCUUCCUCCAACUAGUCAUGCUAGCGUCCGGUCGUGGGUCAGUACCUUUCCACAGAACCAACAACCUCCGCCUCCGCCUCCACCUCCGCCAGCAGCUAUCAACCUUCCAUCCCCUGUCCAGGAAGCACGCGGGCUCUCGGAGCAUCGCUCGCGGCCUCCGACGGGAUUCGGGGUUGAAGAUGAAUAUAUGACCAUCGACCAUAACAAUGUCGUACAAGAGCAAGGUUAUGGCUGGACGACACAGGGUGUAUAUCCGCAUCCGAUGGAAGUCGUGUCGCCCAGAAUUUCUGCAGAUGGGGAUGGUGCCCCGUAUCCUGGGCGACGGGAGAAGAAGGGGUUCGUAGGUGGCUUCUUUGCUGGGCUUCUAGGGCGGCGAGGCAAGGGUGCUGGAAAGAGAAAGAAAUUGAACGAACCGAUGACGCCGGUCGGAGUUACCAACGGACACGCCGACAACCUUGCCGCCCAGUCAGGGGCUACGCUCCCCCAGUAUUCCUCGAAUCCUCCGACUCCAGUCGCUCCUCGUGCACCCACGAACAUCGAGUACACGGCUCCAAUCGAUAUGCCGAUCCCUGAAGUUGCUGAACCGUCGGAAUACAUGCCGAGGCAAUCCAUGGUCAGCCAGACGCCGGCACGUCGUCCUAGCCUUCGAAUCAGCGUAACGCCCCCAUCAGCAGACUCAUCCACAAGCCAGGUUCGUUCACAAUCUGACCACACUCCAUCCGUGCACGCAAGCACGAUCCGGCAAGACUCCGUUCAUCGCGAUGGGCCGGCACGACGCACACGAAGCGAUAGCGACAGAUACACCGCUCAAAGAGAGGACACCCAUCAGGCUAGUCCUUACUCUCCAAACGCCGUCCUGGCGGAUAUUCAGCCCUCAAAUGACUACCGCAAAAUGGCACGACCGCCCCCGUCUACCAGCACGUACAGUCACAUCGACCGAGUGCAAAAGUUCUUCAGGGACCUUAGCCGUCUACCAUGGAUCAAGCACGAUCGCAUCACAGUUGACUAUAAACCCGGAAUCAGAGGACCUGACGGUGACCACCGACCGAGGAAGGCUGAGGAGCGCAUUGUGAUCUUGAACAAGCCGCCUGUUAGAUGGUACUACGAGGACUCUCCCGCUGCGCACUCCGUUGACCUGUUGUCAACCGGCGAGCCUUCGUCGUCGAGUAGGUUCAGCGGAUCGUCAAGGAGCAGGACGGUGUCGUCACCAAGGCGAAGAAACUCUGGUGAUGCACCCGCCACAUCUACGCAACGUUAUGCUAACGAUGGCUAUCGUUCGUCACCGUAUGAUUCUGCCCAUCGCUCAAAUGGUGCACGUCAGACACCGCCACGCGAUUCUCGCCAGACAGAUGGACGCUCCCCUCCUCUCUCCCCCCCUCCUGUUCAUCAUCAUCGCUCUAGGAGUCCCUCUUUGCCCUCUAGCCCCCCUGAUCAACGGCGUCACCGUUCACAUACCUCGGCCAGUAGUACGCCUCCCCCAAGGCGCCAGCAGCGUAUGAAUCGACAUCAUCAUCACCGCGGCGAGGAACCCCCGCCAGUCCCUCAAUUUCCCCGGCACCUCCAGCAACCUCCUCCGUUCGCUGUUCCUCCCGCGAUAUAUACUCCCACUUACAUUACGUAUGGUCAUCCUCCACAGCAUAUGACUUUCGCCUCGCCUCUAUAUCCUCCUCAACCUUUCUACGUGGCGCAAUCUCAGACUGGUUCUGGUUCAGGUGGUACUCCCGUGCCUACCGCCAUUCGCCUAAACACCCCGGAUCCCACUAAUCCGCAGCAGCAACUACAACAGCAGCAGCAGCAACAACAACAGUCUCCCCCGCCACCUGGACUAUUUUCAGGCCAGGCCGGCCAGGCGUCCCCUCUAUAUCUUUCCUCUCUUGUACCUAUGCCAGGUUAUGUUCUAUCCGAUGGUGUGGCUAGUCCAACCACCAAUUUGCCCGGGCAAUAUGUCUAUUCGCAGCCUCAACCCGGAAAACACACGGGAUGA